GCGCUGGAGAGCCUGCUCAUCCCUCUGGAAGGGGUGACCACCGUUCUCCCAGGGGCUUGAGCCAGCCUUCUUUAUGGGGAUGAGAUGUGGAGACCCCCCACCCCCACCCCUGGCUGCCUGAGAUUCCGCCAUCACAGCCGCAUUCCUUUGGGUUAAGGUCUAAUUCCCCCGUGGGAUGCACACGUCUCCAGAACGGGGCUUGCCCUCGGUGAUUCACUGCUCGCUGUGAAUCCGCAGCAGCUCUCCCAGGACCCUCUCUGCCUGUCAGAGGGAGGCCGGGAGCUGUUGAGAGCACCUGGCUGCUUCCGUGCCUGAGCCUGGGUUCCUUGGCUGGGUUAUGGAGGGAGAUCUUACUUGAUGUAAUGGAAACAGUUGUUUGGGGAUUCUGAUCCUGAUUCUGCUAUUUGCUGCCUGUGUGACUUUGAGUAAGUGACCUCUCUGAGCCUCAUUUUCCUUGUGGGCAAAAAUAUGGACGGUUCUCUAGAGGGCAGUGGGCCCAGCACCGUUGGAGAAGAAAGCACUCAGGCCUUUCUGGGCCUCAGUUUUCUGGUCUGUAAAAUGGGAAUUACAAUAAUUGCCUCUUUGGGUGGUUUUGAGAAUUAAAUAAGUGAUAUUAGGUCAAGUGCUUAGAAGAGUAUGUAACAUCUUUGCGUGGUGGGGGUGGACUUUUGAUUGUAGGCAUUAUUCCUCACCUCCAUUUCUCUCUCUCCUCUUCUCUUCUCUUCUCUCUCUCUCUCUCUCUCUCUCUCUCUCAGCACUUCUCUGAGUCAGAGUCCUGCUGUGUCUGCUGCCUUCUCCUGCCUGGCCACUUGUUUGCAGGCCUGGGGCCUCCUUCCUCAAUACCCUUGAUCUGGGAUGCUUGGCCUUUACACCUCCUGGGAAGGACACUUCAGUGUCCCAGGCAGCUCUACAGCCGUCUCCACCACAUCGUCACAAUGGCUGUAGGUGGUAGCAGCAGAAUGGAAACCAGGCUACUUGCCCUGUAGAUGGGACCCUGAAGAACUGGAGAGGUUAAGGGACCUACUGUUGGGAGUGAGGCUGAGCCAUGAGCCACCAGAUCCUGCUGCUCCUGGCUGUGCUGACCCAAGGCCUGGCUACUUCCCAGCACCGAGACAAGCUGCCCUGUAGGAUGGUGGAGAAGGAGGCCUUGUGCCAGGGCCUUGGCCUGCUCCAGGUCCCCUCAUUGCUCCCGUUGGACAUCGAGGCCCUUGACCUCUCUGGAAACCAGCUGCAGGACAUCGUGGCCUUGCCCCUGGGCUUCUACACAGCACUCCGUCGUCUGGACCUGAGUGUCAACGAGAUCAGCUUCCUCCCGCCGGGAGUCUUCCAGGCCUUGCCCCACCUGGAGCACCUCAAUCUGGCCCACAACCGCCUGGCGGUGGGCACUGCGCUGAACGCCAGUGGUCUGGGCACCUUGCUGCACGUGACCUCCCUGGACCUGUCUGGAAACAGCCUGUACAGUGGCCUGGUGGAGCAGCUCCUGGGGGAGGCGCCCAGCCUGCGCUCGCUCUCUCUGGCCGAGAACAGCCUGACGCGCCUGGGCCGCCGCACCUUCUGGGGCAUGCCUGCGCUGGAGCGCCUUGACCUGCACAGUAACGUGCUGAUGGACAUCGAGGACGGGGCUUUUGAGGCCCUGCCCCACCUGGCCCACCUCAAUCUCUCCAGGAAUUCCCUCACCUGCAUCUCUGACUUUAGCCUCCGGCAGCUACGGGUGCUUGACCUGAGCUGCAACAGCAUCGAGGCCUUUCAGACAGCCCCGGAGCCCCCGGCUGAGUACCAGCUGGCCUGGCUUGACCUGAGGGAGAACAAGCUGCUGCACUUCCCCGACCUGGCCGCGCUCCCACAUCUCAUCUACCUGAACGUGUCCAACAACCUUAUCCGGCUCCCCUCGGGGCUGCCCCAGGGCAGCGAGGGCCUCCACGCGCCUUCGGAGGGCUGGUCAGCCCUGCCCCUCUCCAACCCUAGCUGGAACACCAGCACUGCCCCGCUCUCCCAACUCUUGAACCUGGACUUGAGCUACAAUGAGAUUGAGCUCAUCCCGGACAGCUUCCUGGGGCGCCUGACCUCUCUGCGUUUUCUGAACCUCAGCCGGAACUGCCUGCAGGCCUUUAAGGCCCCGCAUUCGGGUUCCCUGCCCUGCCUGGUGCUCCUGGACUUAAGCCACAAUGCGCUCCAGGUGCUGGAGCUGGGUGCCAGAGCUCUGGGGUCCCUACGGACGCUGCUCCUCCAGGACAAUGCCCUGCGGGACCUGCCGCCCCACACCUUUGCCAGCUUGGCCAGCCUGCAGAGGCUCAACCUGCAGGGGAACCGGGUGAGUCCCUGCGGGGGCGCAGCUGAGCCCAAUCCCCCAGGCUGCGUGGCCUUCUCUGGCAUCCCCACCCUCCGCGUUCUGAACAUGGUAGAUAACGAGAUGGAGAAGCUCAGGGCAGGGGCCUUCCUCCACACCCCGCUUACUGAGCUGGACCUUUCUGCCAACCCUGGGCUGGAUGUGGCCACAGGAGCCUUGGCUGGCCUGGAGGCCUCCUUGGAGGUCCUAGAGCUGCAGGGCAAUGGGCUGACUGUCCUGCAGGUGGACCUGCCCUGCUUCAGCUGCCUCAAGAGGCUCAAUCUUGCUGAGAACCGCCUCAGCCACCUGCCUGCCUGGACGCAGGCUGUGUCCUUGGAGGUGCUGGACCUACGGAACAACAGCUUCAGCCUCCUGCCAGGGAGCGCCAUGGGGGGCCUGGAGACCAGCCUCCGGCGCCUCUACCUGCAGGGGAAUCCACUCAGCUGCUGUGGCAAUGGCUGGCUGGCGGCCCAGCUGCACCAGGGCCGAGUGGAUGUGGACGCCACGCAGGACCUGAUCUGCCGCUUUGGCUCCCAGGCAGAGGUGUCCCUGAGCCACGUGCGUCCUGAGGACUGUGAGAAGGGCGGGCUCAAGAAUGUCAACCUCAUCAUCAUCCUCACCUUCGCACUGGUGUCUGCCAUCCUCCUCACCACACUGGCCACCUGCUGUUGUGUCCGCCGGCAGAAAUUCAACCAACAGUACAAAGCCUAAGGGAGCCAGGGGACCCUUCCAGGUCAGUGCAGGAGCUGGAGGCACAGAGCACAGUGGGGACUGACACACUGUGAGCUGGUGUCCCGGAACCCUGGUCUCGAGCUCCCAGCCUAGGGCUCCUUUGUAUGCGUCCUUCUGCAUGAGAAGGUGACCCACUUCCCAGGCUGCUCAAGUGGUCCAGCUGUGGAAACUGCAGCUGGGCAGUUUCAGGGACAGCAGAGAAUAAUGUUGACCCAGGAUCAGCAAGUCCUCCCCGAGCAUCUGUUUUGGGCCACACCCUGCUCUUGGGUACUGGGGAUGCAGUAAGUUGAAUGAAACACAUGCGGCACUCUGAGGAGGAGAGGUGGUCACAGAGCUGGGCAGGGGAUGGGGGUUCAAGAUGGGGAAGCCCAGGGCUUCGAGGCUCUGCAACCCCAGCCAGUCCCAGGUGGAGAGUCCUGCCCCUGCCGUACCAGGUCAAGGGGGCCACAAGCUCAGGAGGAUUGGUCUGAAAUGUUUCCAAGUGGACUGUUUUGUCACAUCUUCUGAUAAUGACUUCCAGCCUCUCUGGAAAAUGAGGAACUUGUGACCAGAAGAGAGAACUGGAGCCUCAUGAGGGUGUCUGUGGACCUAGUUAGGCAAGCUGCAGCAGCCCCAGUCUUGUUAAGAGGUGGUUUUCUGGGCUGGGGCUAGGAUGUUCCAUAGGCCCUUCCCACCCUGGCACUCUCCUGCUGCACACAUUGACCCCGAUCUUGCCUGAAUUCCCCCACCCCCUGCCCAAGCCCCUUCUCCAUCCCAGCCCCAUCCUGGCUGCUGAGACGAGUUCAAGCCUUAGCUUUCUGGUUCUGUUUUGCACACAGCUUGUCACCUGCAGAUGCAGACCCCAGCUUCACCGUCCCCUCUGUGUGACAACUCCCAGAGUCUGGUAUUUUAUCCUCAUUUUACAAAAGGGGAGACAACUCUCCCAAAGUCUCCCUCCCAGGUCCCGCAACUAAGAAAUGCCGUAGUUGAAAUUCAAACCCACAUCCUCUGUGUCCAGGCCUGAGUGGUUCCGUGUUGCCUGAACAGAGCCUGAGUAUCCUGUGCUGUGUGGGCCCUUUCCUCCUCUCUCCCACCAGGCAGGAGAAAGGCAGGCAGCUACAGGCCCUAUGCUUCUCCUCUGUCUCAGUUUCCCUCAUUCUCUCCUUUGCAGACUGAUGUGGCUUCUCCUUUCCCUGUUUUUGCUCCUAUGUUUCCUUAUUCCCUCUCCCUCUGUUGAGCACAGCCUGGAUUUUGAGAUCACGGAGUCUAACCUCCUCAUAGCUGCACAAGUCAAUGAUACAGCCUGCAAAAAAAGAAAAUGUGGCUCAGUGGUAGAAGGCUUGCCUAGCGUGCACAAGGCUUUGAGUUCAACCUCGAACACUGUCAAAAUUCGGGGUUUCACCUGUGUGGUGUCCUUCUCUCUCAGCUGUCACAUCACAAGAUAAUGCCAGUUCCAAACUUGCUUUCUGUUCUUCAUCAUGCAAGGAUUCCCACCCCUUGCCAGGAAAAUAGGUAGAAAGGCUUAACUUAGAUAAAUACCUGUUGCUCAUACCAUGGAGUCAUGAGCUGUCUGGGAAGAAGGAGAGCGCUGGGACCAGCCAGAGUCAUCUUCCCUGUGCUUGGUCUGUGGUCUGACCCAUGAUGGACACUUAUGAAUGUAUGAGAAGAUCAGAAUGCUGUUCUCUGCACUCUUUUACAGAUGAGGAAACCAAGGCCAAUGGGCAGAUCCAGGGCUGGACCCUUGCUUGAAGCCCUGGUGGUAUGAGGGGCAGCCAGGUGCACAAAGUCCUGGCUCGGACCAUGACCACAGGUGCUACUGCACAUGACACUCUUCUCAGGCCUAGAGGUCACGGCAUUGGCCCCUGGGCCUGAUCUUUGAAAACACUACACCAUGCUGCUGUCACCUCCCAGAAGCCAGGCCACGGCCCAGGCCCUGGGACCAGCUCUUUGUAUAACCACAUGAAUGUAUUAAAAUAUGACUUUGGGGAAA